GCUCCUGCAUUACUUUGCAAAGUGACAACAGACCUUAAACUGCAGCUCAGGACGACAGAAGACCGAAGGCUCGGCAGCAUGGACCUCACAGAUUAUGGAGCCGCAGCCAUGAGGAGAGGGAGUUACGAUGAAGCAGCUGCUUCAAUACAUCCUCACUUCAGACAUUUGGCUCAGAGGCGACGCUCUGCUCCAUCUCUGGUCUUUGGGAAGGCCCUUGGGAUGCCGUGGUCUCCUAUCAGGGAGGAGGCUUCCUGCUGGGUGUCUGUUGAGCAGAGUCCAUUUGUCCUCGGCUUGACCAGCGAGAACGGCGAGCUUCUGCUGGACGAGUGUGUCCAAGUCACAGAGGGGACCAAGACCAAGGAGCGACACCUGUUCCUCUUCACCGAUGUCCUCGUCUUCGCAAAACUAAAGUCGCCGGCCAGCUACCGCCUGAAGCACCGAGUGAGCCUGGAGGACGUCUGGCUCUGCGGCUUUGAGGAGGAGCAGGAGGAAGAGGAGGAGGACGGCGAUGACGGCGGCACAUCGGGGGACAUUGACCACAGGCUGACUCUCGUCGUGGCUUGGGCUGAAACGUUUUACCUUGUGUGUUUUCGCUCGCCUGAGGUGAAAGAACGCUGGUCAGAUACUCUUCACAGAAAAAUCAGAGACACAAAAGUGAGGACCGGUUGUGCUUCUUCACCUCCGGACGUCCUCAUGAAGGUGUUGACUGGCAGCAUCGCUACUAAAACUCUAACAGGAGGUGGCAUGGAGCAACUUAUUGUGCUUACACCCGAGGGCGAUGCGAAGAGCUACGCUUUGUCAAAGCAGUUAAACAACCAAGAGGAGAAACUCACACAAUCCUCUGAAACCAAGUGGAACCUGGUGAGGAACAGGAUGAAGCUCAGGAGGACUUCCAGCAAGGCCUGCAACACCAAUAAAGGCACCAAGAAUAAGCUGUUUGGACAACCGCUUUGCAACAUCUGCCCAGAUGACUACUCACUUCCCAAGCCAGUCACAGACCUGCUGCUGCUGCUGAGGAAGAGGGGCCCGUCUGUGGAGGGGGUGUUUCGGAAGCCGUGCAACACCAGGCUGAUGAAGGACCUGCGGGAGCAGCUGGAUGGCGGCGCAGAGGUGGACCUGGAGGGCCAGCAGGUCCACCUGCUGGUGGGACUGCUCAAAUGUUUCCUGAAGGAACUUCCUGGCAGCUUGCUCAGGUCUGACCUUUACAGCAAGUGGACAGCAGCUCUGGAGCGUGAAGACGCCGAGCAGAGAACCCUAGAAAUCAAAAAGGUGCUCGACGAUCUUCCGGGGCCCAACAAACUCCUCCUGCAGUACCUGAUCUGCGUCUUCCAUUGCAUCCAGGAGAGCUUUGAGACCAACAAGAUGGACGCCUACAAUCUGGCGGUGUGCAUCGGGCCCACGCUGCUGCAGCUGGAUGACACCCCUCUGGACGGGCAGAGGGAAAAGAUGCAGAAGGCCACAGAACUGUCUCAAUUCCUGAUCGAGAACUUCAUAAUUCUCGGGGAACAUAUCCCAAGCUUACUGGACACAGAUGAAGACUCCCUUUCCUCUGUGCAUCAUGACUCCGCGUAUGACAGCACCGACCCGGACGGGGACGGAGAGGCAGGGGAGAAAAGACGGUCCACGGACGGAGGCCGUGGCUCGUCUUCCUCCUAUUCGUCCCUCAGCCCCAGUAUAACCACCUCGUCCUGGCAGUCCGACGGCGCCUUCGACAACAAGGCCCCCUUCAACCGCCGCUGCUCCGAGCCCAUCCUCCUCCUCCCGGAGAAUCUCGAGAGCCUGCGCGGCCACGCCCGGAGCCACGACGACUGCUCCAUGCAGCGGGACGGGUUCGACGGGCAGCCGCUGAAAAAGCAGAUCUCCGACGACUCCUUCCUGCUGAAAAGUCGCGGCGGAGCCAGCUCGGUCUUGUCCUUCCCGAAGCUGAGCUCCGGCUCAAACAUGGACCCGCUGCCGUACAUGGGCAAGGACUGCUCGUGCUCUUCCCUGGAGAGCACCGCCUCCAACCAGUCGGAGAGCUCCGUCUUCUCCAGCUCCCCGAUGGGUUCGCCGGGGUGCUCCAAGAAAAACAACAGCAACAGUCAACCCAUAGUAACAACAAACGGCAAGCUGGACGUUCCCAGACCCAUCUCAGAGGAGAAGAGGCGGUCGCAGUCCUUGAGGGUCGCCUCUAAAGUCCUGAUGAGGACCAGGAGCUUGGGGGCCUUCAGCAGGAGCAGCCUGAAGAAAGACUCUCAAAAGGAAAACUGCUUCCCGGAGACUCUCCAGGAGGACUCGCAGAGUGAAGCAGAUCCCUCAGCCGACGUUCUCCUCAAGCCACGCCCUCUGUCCGCCAUCGAAGUGUUCAAGCAGGUGGACAGCAGGCUGCCCUGCAGGCCCCCGUCGUAUCAGCAGGCUGUGCAGAACGUGCCGCCUCCGCCGCAGUACGGCUCCAUGACGGUGCAGGACGCCAUAACGCUGGAGAGGAGGUCCCGGCCUUCCUCCGUGAGCUACGACUUUCCGGCCCAAGUGUACGCGCACAGCCAGGACUGCUUCCCUCAAACGGCGCAGGACAAGGCCGUGGAGCUGCGGCAGCCUUUCCGCCAGAGGGCCAUGUCGGAGUCGGUGUCCGCCGGCCAGCACGAGGUGGUGUCCCGCAGGUGCAGCCAGCCGGUGUUUGAGGAAUUCUCCUACGCCAAGGAAUCUUACGUUUGAAAAUACUAAAAAACGUUUCUCUGAAAGCAGAAAUGAUUUAGUCGAAGCCAUCGAGUGAAGCUACAGCGUGCCGCUCAUGUGUUUCCGUCGGCCAUGGACUUAAGAGGACUGUCCAGAUUUGAUCACACACGGUUUCUGUGUAGUUUGACUUCUGCACCUGCAUUAGUGGCACUAUUUCCAUGCGUUGUAAAUACGUUUGUGGCUCUGUCUUUAUAAGUGUUUGUACAAAAAAAGUCUAUUUUUCACCUUUUGUUUUGAAGGAAUGUCGGUUAUGUGCCACCUAUGAGGUUGCACGUGCUCAGUAGUACUUUUAAAGUACGAAUAUUACAUUAUAUGUAGUUACCAUGAUAGAUAUUUAGUCUAUCACCAUGAAGCUAAAGCACAGUUUGCUGUGUAUGAAAUAUGCUAUGAGUUUCUACGUUUCAUGUGUUUUUAUGUGCAACACAUGAGAUCAAGCACACUUUGUUUGUUUUCCCUUCUUUUUUGGCUUUUUUUUGUUUGGCAGUGCACUUCACUCAUCACAGUCUUCCUCUUCCACUACACUAAAGCACUUUUAAGGAUGAUUAGCUAUGCUUUACCUAUUUGUGUGCUAAAUUGUAUAUACGUCUAGGCACCAGCAGACGCAAAUUGGGUUUGUUUCUGCAGCCCAAAUAAUGCAAAUGUCUAUAGUGAAAAAAAUAAAGUAUAAAAGUAAAUAAG